UUUCUUCACAGAACGUUUUGACCUCAAUUUGACCCAAUUUUUACCAAACUGGCGAAGAAGUUUUGCAAACCAACCUACAAAAGCAAUGCUCCGAAGUUACGAAACAGAACAAUGGCAAACAUAGUCCAGUUUACUUUUACUUGUUUACAGUGCACUGCAUAAAAUGAAAGUAAAAACACGACUCCUGACCAAUACCCUUUUUUACCAAUAGGGGGUGCCCGCAAACCAGAAGUGACGUUCAACUGGAAACAGUAUUUGGAUAGAGCGGAAAUGAAGGGGAACCAUGUGACGUUAAAAUGCUGUGAUCCAAGAUCGGCUCGGUGUCAACAGAGAUGUUUUUGGUUUCUGUCGCUGGCUUCUGUGCGACACUUUCCCGGUCAUCAGCUGCAGGACUUUCUUAUACUCAGCGUGUGACCAAAUUUCACAGCCUUUAUAGCACUUGGAAGCAGCCACACAUAAGUAUGCUGCCUUUGCAUUACAUGAUUAGUGAAUACGCAAUAAACGGAAUUACGCUUAUUUGUAGUCCCAUACUUAAUAUGGGAACUGCGCAAUAAAAUGCUUUGCACGUUUGCCUGGUCGCCUGCGUAACGUGAGGUCGCCACAUUUAGCCUUGGUGCUAAAAAGAAGACGCCUAGCAAAAAAAUAAUCGGUGCUUUAAAAGAUGACAUUAUAUUGGUACAAUAACCGAAUAAUAAUAAUCAAAACGCCUAUAUCUGGACGUCAAACUGCCCAGCAAUUAUCGUAAUAAUAAUGUCUUCCUCUAAAGGGAAACUGCAGCGGAUCGGCGAGGAGAAGAAAACUCUGAUUUGCAUUGAAGGAAAUAUUGCCAGCGGGAAGACGACGUGUCUGGAAUAUUUCAGCAGAACUAGCAACCUGGAGGUGAACACUGAACCUGUUUCUAAAUGGAGGAAUGUAAAAGGACAUAAUCCAUUGGCUUUGAUGUACCAGGAUCCCAUGAGAUGGGGCAUCACCCUGCAGACUUAUGUUCAGCUGACCAUGCUGGACCAGCACCUUUCUGCUGUGUCUGCUCCCAUGAAAAUGAUGGAGAGAUCCAUCUAUAGCGCCAAAUACAUUUUCGUGGAAAAUCUCUACAGAAGUGGUAAGAUGCCAGGGGUGGACUUUGCUGUUCUGACUGAGUGGUUUGACUGGAUCACAAAAAAUAUUAACAUUCCAGUGGAUCUUAUUGUUUACCUGCAGACGUCUCCACAGACGUGUUUAGAAAGGCUAAAACAGAGAUGCAGAGAAGAGGAGAAAGUGAUUCCUCUGGAGUAUUUAGAGGCAAUUCAUCAAUUGUAUGAAGACUGGUUGAUCAACCAAACAUCGUUUCCCGUCCCUGCCCCUGUUCUUGUGAUUCCUGCAGAUCACAAUCUUCAGAAGAUGCUUCAUCAGUAUGAAGAGAACAGAGAAAAGAUUUUAAUUCCUAGCAAAUGACUGUGAACAGGGAAAGCCGGCAGAUUUCCUCUCUCCCUAUGACUGAAUGCUCGCUUUUGCUGGCAUCCUGGCGAUUCCCGUCUUUUGGGCAUCGCAGUCAUGCCGUCUGUCGUAAGUGUGCUUUCACCAUGGAUGGCAUUUCCUCAUGCCAUAACAUGUUUCCUGCUGAAAGCAAAGAGGUGAUCCAUCCUUUUUUUGUUUUUAAAGUUUUGCCUUUUUUGUUCUACCAGUCUUACUCAUUCUGUAAAACUUAGCUUGGUUAAUUCCCUUCCUGUUUUUACAAUAAUUCACUGACAAUGGUCCCGUUAGACAAGACCGUCUCCUAAUUACAUUUACUUCACAAAUUAAAGCUUAAAUAUAGGCAUUUCACCCUU